CUCCUUGUCGCCAUUGCUCUCUGGGCUACAAAAUGCAAGCAAGGUGGGAUCUGAUAAGCUUCUGAGGUGUGCACAACAUAGCUUCGGAGGAUUCUUGAGGUUCCUUGUUCGCGAUCACACCUCCGAAUCGCAUCCCCGCGCACCGUCCGCAGCAAACUAGAAAGCCAGCCUGUUAUUUCCCUUCGCUCAAUUCAAUCACCGAUCAUCAAUUCGCAUAAUGUCUUCGGCUCUAAAUUGGGCAAUGCUGCUCUGGGUCUUAGCCCUGACAGGUACACUCUGUAUAUUUGCAGCCCUCCUCCUUCUCUACGCCUUGAUCCAGUCGCACAACACCAAAGUGCCAAAGUGGCGCCCGAAAAAUAGACCGAUUCAUCUCUUGGUGGUCCUGGGAAGUGGCGGACACACGGCGGAAAUGUUCUCCAUGCUCCGGCGCAUGGAACUCGAUCCAACCAAGUACACCUACCGAACCUACGUCGUGAGCUCCGGCGACAACUUCAGCGCGAAGAAGGCCGUCGACUUCGAAACAACAUAUUUAAACCAGAUUGAGGACCCUGCGGUAUCCGAGCGGCCCCCUCCAACAACGGGAUCAUACUCUAUCGUCAUAGUUCCGCGCGCCCGUCGCGUACACCAAUCCUACCUGACUGCACCCUUCUCCACUCUCAGUUCCUUCUGGUCUUGUCUUCUGGUGCUACGCGGCUUACAUCCAGACCAGGGACCACUUCGUUCGGAGUCGAUGCACUCACCCCAUCCAGACAUCAUCCUCACCAAUGGGCCGGCCACAGCAGUCUGCAUCAUUCUGGCGGCUAGGCUGCUCCGGCUAUGGCACGCCCUUAGUACUAUGUUUUUGCUUGGAUCUAGGUCAGCCACCAUGUCGAAUGAUUUCCGACUUCGCACAAUCUUCGUAGAAUCAUGGGCCCGAGUCACCACUCUAAGCCUGUCAGGUAAACUCCUGCUGCCUUUUGCGGAUCGCUUCCUCGUUCAGUGGCCAGAUCUAGCGGGCAAGAGAGCGUGGAAAGGCAUGCGGCAGACUGAAUAUGCCGGCACGCUGGUGGAUUGACAGGCAACACAUAUUAUCGACCGAGAUCGACCAAGGGCCAACUACUACAGUACUAGACCAUAGAUGGAUUAACCAUAUGCACCUGGUAUCGAUGGUUCUGAAGAUCGGAAUGUGAGCGGUGCGAACUGAGAGCCCUUCAGCGGAGUUAGGUAGAUCGUAUGGCACUAUAUUUUUCUCACGCAAGUUUGACACUUGGGCGGAAACUCCUCC